GUCGCUCCCCCACCCAUCCGCCAGGGGGCGCCGGAGCCACGCGCGCCCGCCAGUCCCCCGGAACGCGCGGAAGGCAGCCGAGGUCCCGGCGGAGCGAUUGGGCGGCAGCACCGGGAAGCCUGGGGACGCCGCCGGCCGCAGAGGUGGCCUGAAGGGUGCAGCGGCGGAAGCCGAGAUGGCGGCUCUGCCCGUUUCUCGCCUUGUCCCACGCGGCGCAUCCCUCUGGAGGCCUCUGGCGGCUUCCUCCGCUUCUGCCCGGGCGCUCCAUCAGACACCAGCAGCCGACAGGGCUGACAGUGCUGUUCAGGUGCAGAAGAGCUCGGCAAUCGUUCAGAAGAAACCCUCCCUCCCCAGCAGCCGAGGUGAAUAUGUCGUCGCCAGACUGGAUGACUUGAUUAACUGGGCUCGUCGGAGCUCCUUGUGGCCGAUGACUUUUGGCUUGGCCUGCUGUGCCGUGGAGAUGAUGCACAUGGCGGCCCCUCGCUACGACAUGGACCGUUUUGGGGUGGUCUUCAGAGCCAGUCCCCGGCAAGCCGACGUCAUGAUUGUGGCAGGCACGCUGACCAACAAGAUGGCACCUGCGCUCCGGAAGGUUUAUGACCAGAUGCCUGAGCCACGUUACGUGGUCUCUAUGGGGAGCUGCGCAAACGGCGGUGGCUAUUACCAUUACUCUUACUCUGUGGUGCGGGGGUGCGAUCGGAUUGUGCCUGUGGAUAUCUACGUUCCAGGUUGCCCGCCUACGGCCGAAGCUCUUCUCUAUGGGAUCUUGCAGCUGCAGAAAAAGAUCAAGCGGGAAAAGAGGCUCCAGAUCUGGUACCGCAAGUAGUUUUGUGGAUCUCUUAAGCUGUUAGACUGUGAGUGGACAUCCCGGAUGCACCUAAGCUGCUGUUCAUGUGUUUCUCUAAUAAAAUUGCUUGUGUGUGUGCGUGCGCACAAAUUGUA